AUGGAGAUAGAGGAACCCAUGCAGAUUGGAGAACUAAAUACCAUGCUCACAGUAAAUGAAAAGGCCAGAAGGAGAGCCAAAGGCCUUUGCUUCUAUUGUGGCAAGGAAGGCCACUACAUCAGCUACUGCCCGAUACGUCCUCCUCGCUCUAAGCAUAACCAUGUGGGGGCUCGGUGUCACCAUCCAACAAGUCCAUCAUGGCCCCUUUUUUGUUCAACUCUGCAUGCUACUGGACCAAAAAGACCACCUAACCAGACCAAUGGCACCAUCACAGCCCUGGCUAACCCUGCUCCUUUUCCAGAGCCUCAAGAGGAGGCUCCCUUCCAAUCCUCAGCUUCUAUCUCCCCUAAAGUUUCCUGCUCCAACACAGAGGGUCUGUCCCCAGACUGUGUAAUUGCCUCCAAUGGAACCGUGGUCCGCAGGCAAGAUAUAAAUGCCUUUGAGCAGGCUCUUAAGGCCAGAGCUGCAUCCCCUUCUCGCCUCCUUGCCUCCACUGCCUUCUCAGAUGAUCACAACCUGAAAAAUGUUCCAACACUCUCCUGA